AUGGCUACUGGUGCUACAGCAGUUACGGGCUCAAAACUACAAUUGCAUUCGUAUUUGUCAAAUAACAACAUCGAAGGUUUUGCUAUUAAGAAUUUUCGUGAGCGUUAUCUUAUUCCAAGUAGCAAUAAUUAUUUCGGAGGCAUCCAAAUAGAAUAUAUUUUAAUAGAUAGCGGUUCAAGCUCUUCGUUAUUCCCCUUACCAAUGCUACCAAACAAAGUGUAUGAUAUUGAUGCUUUGUUAAAAAACUUUCGAUACGACAAAUACAUAUGGUCAAUCGGCACAGCAUAUGGUGUUGGUCUACUAGCUGAUACAACUUUGCAAAUAAAGCCAAAAGAGUCAACUGAGGGGGUCCCUUGCACAAUUCAAUGUUCUUUACAUACUGACAUCAAAUCAUUAGAAUUUCAAUUGCCCUACGUACGAUUUUCACUCGAUAGAGAAUCGAUCACAAUAUUAACUCAGAGGAUUGAAAUUUCUUUGUCAGAAACAGACAAAGAAACAUUAGAAAAUGCGGUAAAUUUUUUUAAUGAAUUUGAAAAACAUUUUCCAUCCAUGAGAAAUACAAAAAAACGUGAAUAUUGUUUAUUGGGCCAGCACUUUUUGAAGAAUUUAUGUACGAUUCAAAUAAAUGAUACUAUGCUUUUUAUUGAUCGAACCAAAUUGAAUGCAAAAUUAUUUCCACCUGCCCAUAAAAGUAUUAAUGAAAUUGCUGAUUUUUUACACUUCCAACGUCCUUCGUUUGCAAAAACAGAGAAGUUUUUGGUUUGUGAAGAUGAUGAGCAUGGCGGACGCGAUCUAUUGAACAUAUUUAAUAAAAUUAUUGAUAUCGAUGAAUGUUAA